CUAACCUAACAAGAUACACGCUGCUUUUACCUCCAACAAGUUUGAUCCUCCGAAUUUCGAAUAACAAACAACAAUCUGUCUUCAUCGGGUAAUAGGGAAAAAGAUGUCAAGUGCAGAAUCCUUAUCAGAAGUAACAGAUGUAGUCCAAAUCCUCAGGCAAUGGGAAGAAGAACAUACUUCACCUUCGUACGAUCCAGUUCCGACACUUCAAAGACUGGCAGAAAUAAUAGAAUUAGAAACCGAAAAUUAUUUGAAAAUGGAUCCAGACCCAUUCGAUGAAAGGCAUCCAUCGCGCACAGACCCAGAAUGCAAUUUUGGACACAUAUUGAAAGUUCUAUUUAGAAAAGAUAAUUUUAUGACCAAGCUUAUAAAUGAUUACUUGAGAGACACUUACUGGUCUCGCGCGGGUGUCACAGGUCGUGAUGUUAGAAAACUAAACAUCGCAGCUUGUCGUCUUAUGCUCGAUAUUCUUCCGGGGUUAGAAACUUCUGCAGUGUUCCAGCCAGAUAUGGACGGUCUUAUUCAUCGUUUGUUUUCUUGGGCAGAGAAAAGCAUAGAACCUUUGCAAAGUUAUGCAACAGGGCUCGUAGCAGCUGCAAUGGAAGUUCAAGAGAUCGCAACAGGAUUCAGAGAGCAGAAUGGGAAAAUGGUGCCUUUAAUGUUGCAAAGGCUUCAUAAAUUGCAAGAGAAAGCCCAAGAAGAUAGGCAACUCGCCGCCAAUAAUAGGCCGUUUGCACAUUUUGGUCAGGAUAGAAACAGUGGAGGAGAUGCAGAAAACAAAGGCGUGCCUGGAAAAAGAAAAGUGAGAGAAAAGCGAAAAGAAAAUGGGAUUCUUAAAAGUCCAAAUGGUAGUAAUUAUUUUUCUGAAGGAGAAGAAGACUGUGCCGACUCUUCUGAAGAUUCUGCUCCCUUACCCAAGAGAAAGAAAAGCGACGCAGGAUGCGAGACUCCGAUAAAAAAUGAUAACAUAUACCCAGAAAUAAUGUCUCCGCCUCUGGCUGUGCCAAAGAAUCCUAAUUUAAGUACUCAAGCGACACCAUCGAAGGCACAAAACAGUCUCAACAGGUCAGUGAACGUCUCCUCGGCGCGAUGCAAUUUGCAGAAGAAUUCGACGUCAUCGAUGCAAAGUUCCAUUACACCGGCUGCAUUAAUCGAGAAUAAUUCCAAUUCUUCAUGGGCGGAGAUGGAAUCGUACGUUAUAGGAAAUGUACAAAUACAUCCUCCAACGUUGGCCACGCGGCAGAUGUUAAUAUUAAGAUACCUUACGCCGAUGGGUGAAUAUCAAGAGUUCUUAGGCCACGUAUUCGAACAGAACGCUUUAGAGUUAAUUCUAAAGUAUAUCAAUGUCAGAGAAACCAAGGACAGUCGCUUAGCCUUCGAGGCUUUGAAAUAUUUAGCCUCCCUCCUUUGUCAUAAAAAGUUCUCUAUUGAAUUCCUCAACGUCGGUGGCUUACAGAAACUGUUGGACGUUCCAAGACCCAGUGUCGCGGCCACUGGUGUCUCAAUUUGUUUAUAUUAUUUAGCGUACUGUGAGGACGCGAUGGAGAGAGUAUGUCUACUGCCAAAGCACGUAAUCUCCGACCUCGUUACUUACGCGUUGUGGCUUCUAGAGCGAAGCCACGAUUCUGGAAGAUGCCACGCGACAAUGUUUUUUGGAUUUUCCUUCCCAUUUAAAGUGAUACUCGAAGAAUUCGAUGCGCAGGAUGGACUUAGAAAACUUUUUAACGUGAUUUCCACAUUGCCAAUUUUGAACAUCGAGGAAGAACCGGCAUUGAAUGACGACGAAGAAUGUGCUUCUAGACAGAUAGUUAGGCAUGUUGCGGUAGCUUUGAAACGAUACAUGGAGGCUCAUUUACAUCUUAAAGCGGAACAAUUGCAAAGAGCUGAAAACGUUAGGGCAGAGCGUGACACGUGGCAGCCAUCGCUACCACCUUAUAAAGCUGUCAAAUUGAGCAGUGAAGAAGUUCAAGCGAAGGUGGAAGUGCUUCAGGAAUUAAUGUCUGUAAGGGCAGUGUGGCCGCCAGUAGAAGAGUUAUAUCGCCUCGGGGGGAUAACGCUUCUCCUUCAGAUUAUUGCAUUUGCUAGGGAAUGGAAUUACAGUGGCCGAGUUCAUACCACCUCGAGCGCGGAGACGGUCCGCUCUUGCUUAGAUGUAAUAGCUAUUUGUUCCAUAGUGCCAAAAGUGAUGUUGCUGCUUUGCGAAAGAGUCGACAUGCCUGAUAUGUCGAUGACAAUGGCGAUCAAUCUGCUCUUAGCUGCAGCGGAAUGCGAGAUCAUCGCAGAUCCCGAUGUACAGAGAGCUGCGCUGAGAGCUGUGAUCAACUGUGUAUGCGCUCCAAUAAAUAGAAUUGGUGGUAAUGUAGCAAGAUAUUCAGUAACAGGUUCUGCCAAGAAAAAAGCGAAUAAUAACAGCGAGGAGUUAAUACAAAAAAUUUGGGGAAGUGUAAGGUCGAAUAACGGAAUAAUGGUCUUGUUGCAAUUAAUGAUGGUAAAAACUCCUAUCACGGAUGCUGAUAGUAUAAGGGCAUUAGCUUGUCGCGCAUUAGCGGGUUUGGCGCGGAGCGAGAAAGUCAGACAAAUAAUUAGCAAACUACCAAUGUUCACCGACGGACAAAUUCAGGCUCUUAUGAAAGAUCCGAUACUUCAAGAAAAGAGACAGGAGCACGUAAUGUUUCAAAAGUACGCCUUGGAGUUAAUGGGCAGAGUUUCCGGGGAAGCGAAACCUACUGGGGCGGAAUACGAAAUUUCUUUGGCCAGUUUACAUCGUGCAAAUGUAGUAGCACAGACGAGAAUACAGUAUAAUGAACAUCAAUUGAAUCAGUUAAUAUACCAACAUUUAAUGUCGAAAGGUUUAACAGACACUGCGUCGACACUUCACAGGGAAGCGAAUUUAGAGUCUUCUGCUAUAAUGAAACCGAUAUGCACAUAUCAGCCGUUUACUUAUCGCAGUCCUGUAACUACAACAACAAGAAAUGGAUUUUCUCCUGGAGCAACAGUGAAUUUGUACAGCACGAACAGAUGUACUCAAAGAGAUGUCACUCCCCGUAACAACACCACUCCCACCUCAUCCUUUAGGUACAUAUCCCAUUCGAAUACCAGUUCAAGUUCAGCGUCAUUAAGUACUCCAAAUAACGUCCGCUUGAAACUUUCCGACUGCCUCAAUCAAAGUACUGUUCCGACUAGCACACCUCAACCAAUUAAAGUACAAAUUAACCAAAAGAAAAUUCAAGUCGAUAAGCAGGCUCUAGUCAGUCAAAUGAAUUGUCAUUCGACGUCGUGUCGAUCGCUGCAAAAACAAAUUUCAAGAGAUCCUGGAGUCGGAGGACUCGGUAUAGCUACGUCAAAUCCGUCUACUAUAACCCUGGAUUCCAUUAUAACGGAAUAUUUAACUAAUCAACACGCUUUAUGUAAAAAUCCAAUGGUUACUUGUCCACAAUUCAAUCUAUUCGAACCUCAUAAAUGUCCUGAUCCAUGUACAAAGAAUUCAACACCAACCAAUGUAACGGUAAGAUUGGCUAGAAGAUCGAUGGGUAUCGAUGGCAGAAGACUGGAUAGAAGACUUAUAUAUAGCCGAUUUUGUCCUGUAAAAACUUUCCGACCUACAGACGUUGAAGCUUUUACUUGUUGUAUUUUCUCGCCUUGUCAACAAUAUCUAAUGUUGGGUACUUACGCGGGGGAAGUAAAGAUGUACAAUAUACACACGGGAUUAGAAGAAGCGACGUAUUCCUGUCACGAGUCUUACAUCUGUAACAUGGAAUGUAAUCAACGGGGAAAUUUAUUGUUAACUACCACACCGUGGAGGAGUCCUAUGUCUGCACUCUGGAGUAUAGGAACGUUCUUCGAUUUAAAAUUGUCUUUAGAAAACGAGGAUCACGUUGAAUUUGGAAAACUGCAAGACAGAAUUAUUGGAACACAAGGCGAAAUUGCAACGAUUUAUGAUAUAGCGACUGGACAAUUGUUAACUAGGCUAGCUCCUGCAAUUUCUAAUCGAUACACGCAAAAUCGUGCUACUUUCAGUAUGAAUGAUGAGUUGGUUUUAAGCGACGGAAUUUUAUGGGAUGUAAACUCAGGCAAACAAAUUCAUAAAUUUGAUAAAUUGAACCAAACGCUUAACGGAGUUUUCCAUCCCAAUGGUACGGAAGUAGUGUCGAACACAGAAGUCUGGGACUUAAGAACCUUUCAUUUGUUAAAGACGGUACCGACUCUCGAUCAAAUGGAAAUAAUAUUCUCUCCUGUUAAUAACAUUAUCUAUGCCGUGUCAUCGGAUAUUGAAAACGCAGACGAAUCAAACUGUAUUACAUCAUUUAAAACGUUAGAUGCUUUGGACUACAGUAACAUUGCUACCUAUGAUGUUCGAAGAGGAGUUUACGGACUGGCUUGUAACAAAUUCGAUACGCAAAUAGCCGUAGUUGAGAAUCUGAACGAAUUCAACGAUAUUCACGAGUCGAGCGUUAGAUUGUACGACGUUGGAAGAAGGAAAGAUGAUAAGGACGAAUCAGACGAGGACGAUGAUGAAGAUGAUCUCGAUGCGAGCGACGAUGAUGGUUCGAAUUCUGGUUCCGAUGAUAAUAACGCAGAUGAUGCGGAUAAUCCGGAUCCAGCGGCAGGAGAGAAUGGCGAUGAUAAUGAGCGAAACGAUCUUGAGAUAAACGACGACGACGACGAUGACGAUGACGACGAUGAUGCAGCUGACGCCGAUGAUUCGGCGAACGAUCUGACGGAUUACACCAGAUCUCCUGAUUCGCCAGAUUUUUCUUUCUCCGACGCCGACGAUCUUGAAAUUCUGUUCUCCUAAAUGUGUGAACAGCAACACGUUCAAACUAUGGAAACAUGCCUUCAACGGUUUUGUUGGACUAUACAUAGGAAUUUGAUUCAUUUUCGGCCAGUUAGUGAAAUGCUGAACAAUGCAGUUUUGUUAUGAUCUAACAUUUUUUCAGUGUUUAAUUGGCGAAAUGGAAGUAUGCAUUUAAGUGAAUAGAAAACAUUACCAAAAGAGAUCUUAGGUUUUCUUAUGUGGAAUAUCUUCUGUUCAUUAGAUUUUAAUAUUUCAUAGCUUAAUUUAGUAAUCGGUCUAUUACGUGGUUAGAUUUGUCUGAACAGAUAUAUAUAUAUAUGGGAGUGCUAAAUAAAUAUUGGCUAAAUAAGUAGUUAUUACGUAUUUUCUUUAAGCUAUAUUUUGAAUUUUGAGAAAAUUAUUUCUUAAUUGGAGCACAUUUGUGGCAUAAUCAAAAUUGGAAAAAUGUGUAAUUAUCGAUUAACUCGUUCAUUUCGCCAAUACAGAAACGAAGCGGGGUUGGCCAGUGAGAAGAUUUUAAGGUCAUUUAAUAUUACUCGGCAAUGAUUACGCUCUGUUAAGCGUUAAGAAUAAUGAAAUGCGAUGUAACUUUCAAUUACGAUCGACUUUUCCAUCGAUCGGUUUAAAUGUAUAUAUUAUUAUUUAAGUCAUAUUUGUUGUUCAAUGAACAUAAUAUCACAUAUUCUCUACUAAAUAAUGGUUUUAUAUUAAUGGAUACCCUUAUUUUUCGAAAGCUGAUUUGCGAGCAUUUUCAUUACGAUCAAGAAGCGGGUCGAAGAGAUAAAUUGCCGGAGAAUUGAAUCUCCGAUUAUUUUAAUAACUUCAUUUCAUUCUAAGAGCAGUAAAACUUUCUAAUUCUUUCAUGGUACCACUUAUGUAUGUAUAUGAAAAAAAAAAAUAGAAUGCGAGGAUGUGAGCGUGUGGGAAGAACUGAGAGAUUGUAAAAAGUUGAUUUAAUCCUGUCGAUUGUUAUCUUAAAUAAAGAAUCGUAAAUUUGUAUA